AUGGAAGUGGGUUCGGGUUCGGGUUCGUCUUUAUCGCAAAGGAGCCGCCGCCGAUUUUCUUGUCUGAGGUUGUGUCACUGUGGCUUGCCGGCGAAAAUAAGGCAAGCUUGGACUGAGAAAAAUCCUGGUCGACACUUUUAUGGCUGUCCGCGUUUUAAGCUUGGAAAUGAAUGCAAUUACUUCUCUUGGUUCGAUGAAGAGGUUGGUACAGAAUGGCAAAGGAGAGCAUUGCUUCAAGCCCGUGAUGAAAUCCAGGAGAAGGAUAAAGUGAUUGAGCAAUUACAGAAGACCAUUUCUGAAAUGAAAAGUCACUUGGAGAAGAAGAAGACAGGGAAGGGCGGGGGCGGGAAUGACGAAAAUGAAGAAGAUGACAUUGUUAGGAAGUUUGAAGAAUUGUAUGCUUAG